UUGCGCAGUAAAAUCUCAAUUAUACCACAAGAACCCGUUUUGUUUUCUGGCACUAUGCGUUAUAAUUUAGAUCCAUUCGAUGAAUAUUCAGAUGCCAAACUAUGGGAAUCGCUAGAAGAGGUCAAAUUAAAGUCUUUAAUUGCUGAACUUCCCAGUGGUUUACAGAGUAAAAUUUCAGAAGGUGGUGGUAACUUUAGUGUUGGACAACGACAAUUGGUGUGCUUAGCUCGUGCUAUACUAAGAGAAAAUAAAAUAUUAGUAAUGGAUGAGGCAACAGCUAAUGUGGAUCCACAAACUGAUGCUCUCAUACAAACAACUAUAAGAAAUAAAUUUAUGAAUUGUACUGUUUUAACGAUUGCUCAUCGUUUGCAUACUGUCAUGGAUUCUGACAAGGUUCUAGUAAUGGAUGCCGGGCGAGUAGUGGAGUUUGGUACACCAUACGAAUUAUUGACUGAAAGUGAAACGCAAAUUUUUUACGGCAUGGUUAAACAAACUGGCAAAACCACAUUCGAUAAUUUAUUAAAAGUUGCGCAAAAAGCGCAUGAAAAAUCCUUAAAAGAGGAAUAGAAUCUCACAAAAUCCAAAUUUGAAGUACAAAUUCUUAUUGAAGAAUUUUAAACGAAUUUUAAGUGCCCGCCAAUUAUGGUAAUUAGUAAUAUUAGCAUAAUUGUCACUUAUAUUUACACAAUUUAAGACUAAAUAUAUAAAUUGCUGUCAAGUUUUGUACUGUUAAUUCUAAGAAAAACAAUUUUAUUUAAAAUUUUAUAAUAUACCCAUUCAU